UAUUCAACUUCCUAGCGAACGCGAAAGAAAGAAAUUAGAACAAAGACGGAGACACGAGCGAGCUCUGCUACGAAGCGCGAACUCCAUCAGCCGCGCCGCGUUCCGCCGUCCACGCCGCGCUUCCAGCCAUCCAGGGGACUGCGUCGUCGCCCACUUGGCCGUCCUUCCUCUCUGGGCUCUGCCUCCAGCUCUGGCGCAGGUAAGUCUUCAGAUUUUUACUCUCUUAUUUUGUGAGAUUUUGUUAACUUGUACAUUAGAGAAUGAUUUGAUUAUUAAUUGAAAUUUUUACUCUCUGCCGUCCUUGGGUUAGAUUGGUUUGAUUAUUAAUUGAAAUUUUCUAUGCAUAAUAAAAUAGAUCUAAUGGGGCAAAAAUUUAUUAUAAAUUUAUAGUGAUUAAAUAUAAAAUUAAAUCUUAGAGAAUGAUUUAUUGAUAAUACAAUUGAAGAUUAGAGAAUGAUUUGAUUAUUGUCUGGACACGUAAGAAAAAAUUGAAGAAUUCAAUUGAAUUUUGAAAUUGGGAAUACUUAUUAAUUUUAUGUACAAUGUUUUUUUUCUUAUUAGUUUUAUAAUUUUAUAUUUUUAUAGAACUAUUUUGAUUCAUAUCAACAUUGAAAAUGUUUUUUAGAAUGGAUAAUGAACAUAUUAACAUUAAAAGGAAGAAGUUGAUUUAGUCAAUCUUUCAUUUUUUCCCUCAGCCCUACCCAUUGUAAUUUUCUGGAUCCGCCCCUGUAAACGGCGUCAGCCGCGUCGCAUGUUUUGAAGUUACGGACGGAGUAUUAUUGCUUCGUAUAUUAUUAGUAUAGUUUUCCGUAUUAUUAGUUCAGUGAAGCCCUCAUAGAAUAGGCGGCAGAUAAUCUUCAUGGAAUCGGCGACAGCGGCGAAGCCUAAAGGUCGACAGUGCGUUAUCUGUAAUGAAAGACGCGCCGCCCUGAAACGCCCUAAAAACCUUCAACCUAUAUGUAGGGAAUGCUUCUACGCAGCUUUUGAAGAGGAGAUCCACAUGGUUAUCGUGGACAACCACCUCUUCAAGCCUGGCGAACGCAUCGCAAUUGGUGCUUCCGGUGGAAAAGAUUCUACGGUGCUUGCAUAUGUCUUGUCAGAGCUGAAUCAAAGGCAUAACUAUGGACUUGAACUCUUCCUUUUAUCUGUGGAUGAAGGCAUCACUGGAUACCGGGAUGAUUCUAUUAAAACUGUUAAAAGAAAUGAAAUUCAGUAUGGACUUCCACUAAAAGUUGUUUCCUAUAACGAGUUGUAUGGGUGGACAAUGGAUGAAAUAGUAAAGUUGAUAGGUCUGAAGAACAACUGCACUUUUUGUGGCGUUUUUCGUCGCCAGGCCCUUGACCGAGGUGCUGUUUUACUGAAAGUGGACAAGUUAGUAACUGGGCAUAAUGCUGAUGAUAUAGCAGAAACAGUCCUUUUGAACAUUUUGCGUGGGGAUAUUGCCAGGCUGAGUAGAUGUACAUCUGUAAUUACUGGGGAAGAUGGACCGAUUCCAAGAUGCAAGCCUUUCAAGUACACCUACGAGAAGGAAAUUGUUAUGUAUGCGUACUUUAAAAAGUUGGAUUACUUCUCCACUGAGUGCAUUUACUCUCCAAAUGCAUACCGUGGCUUUGCUCGUGAGUUUAUUAAGGAUUUAGAGAGAAUCAGGCCACAGGGCAUACUGGAUAUAAUAAAAUCUGGUGAGGACUUCAGGAUCUCAACAUCCACAAAAAUGCCAGAACUAGGAAAUUGUGAACGGUGUGGUUAUAUUUCAAGCCAGAAAUGGUGCAAGGCGUGUGUUUUGCUGGACGGGCUAAAUCGGGGCUUACCCAAACUGGGCAUUGGCCGUAGUCGAUGACUAAGCAAUAAUCUGCAAUAUCGAGAAUGCAAAUGAAGAAAAUGGGACCACAAAUUUGCAUAGAAAACAAUGUGGUGGUAAAUUGGAAGUCUAAUACCAAAGUUUUUGCUCGGUAUUUGUUUAUUAUUUCUAUAAUCAACAAUAGAAAGAGAUCAAUAUGAAAAAACCACAAUAUUUGUGCGCCUCAGAUUUGUAACCCCAUCCCUACCUCCUCCAACUAUCUCUACUAUUCAAAUUUCGUCAUUUUGACAAUCUCUUCAUAGUCCAUAGAUACUCCCACAGUCCCACCAUGCAGAGUAACUAAUCCACAUAAAAUGUGCUAGUACUCGAGAAACUCUAAGCGGGGCGGGGGGAUAAGAGGACAAACUUUGACUGUAUACUUGUUUUAUUUCACUUAUUUGUAUCUACAUGUUGAAAUCUAUGUUCAAGUGUAGCUUCACCCCUCAUGCUGGAUCCUGUCAUAGCGACAUAGACUCAUAGCUUGUCAAAGCUCCUGUGUUAUGUUUAUCUGGUAUGUUAAAUGUCAUAAAGGCACCCAAAAAUGUAAUAAUAAAUUCACACAUUCACUGUCAUCCUAUUAUUUCACUCCAAAGCAC